CUCCUUAAUUUAAUUACUUUAUUUAUGCUCGUCACGUUUAGUAAUAAGCCAUUUAGUAACGUACUUAUACACUACCUCGCUAUACUAGGUAUUAAUAUGGACACCCACCAGCUACGUACUACGAAGAACUAUUUAUAUAUACUUACCGGCGUUAUUUACUACAUCUAG